CGCGAACUCAACCCUCAGCGAGCUCAUCGAGCAGCUGCGAAUGCCGACUUUAAUUGGAUGGUGUCGGUGUCUCGCACGCCCUCUCUAACACAAAGACCCUCCUCCGAGCCUUCUGACUCUGGCACCUUUGGGCGUUAUGAUGAGCUCAUACGUCUGCCGCCAGUGCAGAGGUCGUCUUCUAAAGCGCACCGUAUUUGCUCGGAACCCUCAAUGGCAACCGAAAGCCUCCUUCAUUUCCCUCCGCGAUGCGCAGGCCCAGCCCGAUCCCGCGCCUCAAGAUCCAUCCAAAGACACACGUACCGAAGGAAGCAUAGCGCAAAGCGAAGGGCAAAUGACGCCUAGAGUGCCCUUUCCCGUGAAUGGGGACCGCGUUCGACCCGGGCGCUAUUCGAGGCAUACGGCGAAUGCAGAGCCAACGCACAAUGGACCACCAGAGCAACAGAAUGGAGGCGCUAUGCAGGCUGGCUCCGAUGGCGCAGAUGAGUCGACACUGGAGACGUCAAGUCCGUCAUAUGCGCUGGCCAUUGACCGACACCUAAAGAGCCGGGACUUGAAGCAGGCCUGGAGGCUGUUUCUCCAGAUUUACACGUCAAGGGACUGUCCGGCCUUUACCAACCCAUCAUUCAACGACGUCCGCUUACUAAAUGGUGUCAAAAUCUUUUCGCAGUUGUCUGCGGCCAUCGCGACCGAGUUUUGCAAGGGAAGCGAUGUGCUGGCUAGCCCAACUGCUGUGCUCUUCAGAUACGAGCAGCUAGGCAUAGCGCGUCCGGAGAUGUGGAUAAAAGCGAUCACUCAUGUGACGAAUCAAUUCCUAUGGUCGACAUCCGGUGCGGCGAGCCGAACACGAGACGCUGAAUCGAUACUGGUCGAGCUGCUAGCUCUGUGGCGAUUAUUCUUUCAGUGCAAAGGACAACAAGAAGUCUCUCUGGAAUCACUGAGCUCUGAAUGGAACAGCAUACCGGAUGGCCGGUCGCUGAGCGGCUUCUAUAGCCAAACAAACUUUGGAAGGCGGUUGCAGAACUACCACCCAGAGAUGCUAGGCGGUCCUGCUCUGCAGUUCUCUGCCAUUGUUCUUUUCAAUGUAUUUGAAGGGGUCAACCAAAGUUCAAUGAAAGUACCGGAUUCGUUGCGCGAACAGAGCGCACCUUUCAUUGGGCUCAUCACACACCUUCUGGCCGGUUCUAAUAUCAACACUGUUUUCAAGCACACUGAAGUCUCCGUUGAUUUCAAAGCUCUUCCGGAUGAUUUCAGGAAACUGGUCAUAGAUCAGAUCAACUCGGCCCCUGUUCAGGCUAUGAAACUGGUGGGCAUGCAAUCUGGGACACACUCGUCUGAACAAGAACUAUCUGAGGCCGAAAAAACCUCGAACCUCGAAGAAUUUUACCUCAAGCGAAUUGCGCGAGCCGUCUUAUCACAGUCCCAUGCCGGGAAGCUGGGAAAGCUGUGGGAAGAAGUCACUACGGCGUAUAAAUCCACGGACCACAGUACGGCUAUCCCGCCUCUCAUCUAUAACGCGUUUCUGUCGGGAUUUAUGUCUCUCUACCAAUCAGAACAAGCCGUGGCAGUGUGGAAUCACAUGAUUGCGCAUGGCGUCAAGCCUGGUAUGCGGACUUGGGUCGCAAUGCUCGAGGGUUGCGUGAAGGCAAAGGAUCUUAAUGGCAUGGACGCCGUGUGGGAGAGGAUGCUCCGAUCAGGUUCAGAGCCCGACAACUACGCCUGGACGACAAGAAUUCAUGGCCUGAUCACCCUUCGACAGAUUGCUAGAGCCUUCAACGCUUUGGACGAAAUGGGCAAGAAAUGGCUCUCAGCGGAGAAAGUUAUCAAGCACCCACAAAAGCGAGGCAAAGGCGCUAAGAAGGUUCCAUCAAAUACCAAGCUUGUUAACAGCUUCACAAAGCCCUCGAUCGAAGUGAUCAAUGGCGCUAUUUCCGCUCUGGUCCAGAUACCUGAACAAGGCUUGCGAUUCCCGCGGAAGGUCGACUUCACGCACAAGGUCCUGCAGUGGGCUGGCAACUUCGAUAUUAAGCCCGAUGCACGCACAUACAACAUCCUCAUCCAGCUGUAUCUCAACGCUGGUGACUACCCCACGACCUUCAAGCUCCUUCGUCAGAUGGAGAAGGAAGGUCUCGAAGGCGACCUCGCGACGCAUACCAUGCUCAUCCGCGCUGCCUUCGACAAUCAGAAGUUCGACGACCUCUCUAAUACCGAGCAAGCCGAUCGUAUCCUUAAACUCUUCUCUGAGCUCGAAUCCGGCGGGCUCAAACUCAACACUUAUGUCUAUUCCUCAACCAUUGACCGACUGCUCAAGCAGUACGGUAACUUCACCGCAGUGAGGGCUGUCAUGGACCAUAUGCGGUCAAGAAACCUCGUCGUGAGCCCGCAUAUCUACACCAGCCUCGCAACGCACUAUUUCCAGCAAGAUCCUCCGGAUAUCCAAGCCGUGGACUCCCUCCUCAUGCAAAUCUUCGGCCCACCACGCGCACCCACCGACAAAAUCCUGUUCGACCGCGUCAUCGAAGGAUAUGCCAUCCACGGCGAGGUGGGCAAGAUGAUGAGCGUUCUGACGCGCAUGUCUGCGCACGGCAAGCUGCCUGGCUGGCGAGCGCUGACAGCCGUUGUACGUGCGCUAGCCGAAGCCGGAGACUGGGAGCGGGCGAGGCUUGUGGUCAGAGAUGUGCAGAUGGGUGAGGGUGUUGCGAAGGGCGGGGUUACGGGCGGGAUGCCGGGGCAGAGGGCCUUCUUUGCUGUGGUGAGGGAGUUGGGUGGUGGGUUGGAGGAGACACUCGCUGGAGAGUAUUUGCGGAGGCGGCCCGCGAACAUCGAAGCAGCGAUGAGCGAGCAGAGCGCAGCUGAGGGAGCUGCGGAGAUGCUGGACGCGACACAGAAGGGAGAAGCGCAAGAGAUGGAAGCGCAACAAGCAAUCGACGACGAGGAGUUCGUCAACGCGCAGCACGUGAGCUAUCUCUCUGACGCGCCGGAGCCUGACCCGCGGCAGCAAUAGAAGCCUGAGGACAACGGCACCAUUCGCGACAUCCCGUUGUAGGCUCCGCGAUCUCCGAUCGCAUCGAGGCAGGCGCAUGCUCCAUGUAGAUUCUGCUCUGUAAAUGCCGCAUCUCUGUGUAGUUUGACAUUUAGAAGCCUCCUCAUACACUCCAGUCCCUGCAGACCAAUUGCGAGUCCGCGAUACCGUUUGAGUAGCAAGGAUUACGGUAGGACCUGAGACGUCUGGGGAUGUGCCCGCCCGAGGGAGGUCGGCACGGUCGCGCAUGAGCUUCUGGAAGGCUGCGAAACAUCGCUCGCUGUAGGUACUGCGGGGUGUAUCAAUCGUUAAGGAGGGCAGGACGGUAUCGUAAUACUCAGUCAGUAGUACUCUUCACGAAUCACCAAUAUCUAGAUGCCCAGUUGUGUAGUGAGCAUUCAAUCAGCUCUACCCACCCAUACUACUCGUGC